UGAAAUAUAAGAGCAUUGUUCUGUUAUCUGUUGUCUGCAGCGGACGACUGCGCGUCGCGAUUUUAAAAAUAAAUUAUUCAAUUGCUAAGUUAGUAUGAGUGAGGAUCCAUUAGUUUAUUUGACAAUUGAAAGGUGGGGAGAGUUAAAAGCUGUUUUUAAAUCUGACUGGCCGCGGAGUGUAUCAGGUUUUACUAUUCUCGAAAACAUGGAAUACAUUUUAAAACAAGGUAUUGAUUAUGGAUUCAAAGUGUACUGUCCUUACGGAGAACCAUCAAACGGAAUGGUCGCUUUUAAUCUCAAGAAAACAUUCUAUGAAAUCGUAAUACAGACACCAAAAGAUGAUACAAGCAAUCUGCAAGAGGCACUGAAGACAAGCAAAUUGAUAGAUUGGACUAGACAAAUUGAAGUGCCCUUUGCACCCAAACAUGUAAUGGACUGCGUCAGAAGAGUUAAUUUGGAGAAAAAUAUGAAAACCGUCAUUACGAGGACAGAAACAUUUAUUUUAGACAAAGAUAUGCCAUUAUUUAAGGAUAUUAGGUUACCAGAUGGAUUUAAGUUUAAACCACUGACACUUGAAUACGUGGAUUUAGUUGAUUCGACUUGGCCGCAUAGAUAUGACAGCUCCGACUGGUAUUUUGAUCUUCUAACCCGAGCUAACUUAGGAUACGGAUUAUUCAAACAAAAUGAUUUAAUUGCAUGGGUUUUCAUCAAAGAAAUGGGAGCUCUUGGACACUUGUACACAUUAGAGGAGCAUAGACAAAAAGGAUAUGGCGAAUUAGUUUUAAAAUUAAUAUCAAAUAUCUUGUUGAAACAAAAGAGACAUGUCGUCGCAUUCUGUGUAGAAGGAAAUAAAAUUGCUUAUAAAUUAUAUAAGAAAUUAGGAUUUGAACGUACUGAUGAAAUUGAAUGGUGCGCAAUGACUCCUUCGUAA